GAUUGCAUGUGAUCGCACCUUAAGUAACAUAUGUUUUGGAACAGUUUUGCUUUCUAGAAGGAAGUAAUUUUGUUUACGACGGCCCUUGGAUGGCCGUGUUCCAUAUUUGACACGUUCGAAUCGGAAAGAGGAUAGGUUUUGAGAUUCAAAUGUGUGUUAGAGUAACGAAUUCUCAAUUACUAAAGAUUCGUUAAGAUGACGAGAUAGUAGUAUAUCGGUGUUUACUUGAAGUACGUAUCGUGUGUUUGUCGGAGAACGGGGGUGUAGGGAAACCCUAUAUAAUAUUUUAUAAAUACCCAAUUGUGUGUUCGCGAAGCGAUGUACUCCGUUAGUGCCAGCUUGUGUUCCACGGAUACGAAUGACGUUUUAGCGGUACCUAAACCUAAACAAGAUCAUAACUGCCAAGCGACCGAUGACAACAUUGGCGAACCAUGCGGCGAAACUGAGGGUCUACGUAUUCUCGACAAGUUUCGCAAAUUGUACGAAAGUCGCAUCGAACAAAUUGAUCGAGAAUCUGACAGCGAGUCAGACCGAGUUUCAAUGAAACUGCAGAUAAUGAGCGAUUGGAUUAAGGAUUUGGGGGAACAAAAUAUAAUGCUGGUACAUACGGUAGAAGAUUUGGAGCAAGCUGCCAGUAAUAAAGUUAAAUUAUUAGAAGAUAAAUUAAAACAAUCAUCACAGAUGAUGGAUAAUUUCACAAGAUCUAACCAAUCUGAAGAGGCCUUAAAUUCUCUUUCAAAUCGUGUCAGUCAGUUGGAAAAGGAUGAGAAAUAUUUACAACAAAAAAUUGAAUAUCUACAAAGUGAUAUUAGAGGAUUAUUAGAAGUGAUUCGACGUGCACGCAGACAGAAUGUUUGGAGUCUUGAGGGUAUUACAUUCUUUGAGAUUCAGCCUGAGGAUAUUCCAAUUCCAUUAGACUGUAUGUGUGGUCAGGAACAGACAGAGACUGAGUAUAUAAAAUCCUUGAGUUUGCAAGUAGAACAACUUCAACAAAAUGAAAACAAAAUGAUUAGUUGUCAAGUGGAACUGGAAAGAAAAAUAGAAGAUCUCAAAACAGAAUUAUUAGUCAAGGAUGAGACUAUGAAGAAAUAUGUCUCUAGACUUCAGUGCUUUUACGAAAAGCUGAAGGAACAUACUAAACAAUCAAAUCAAGUUAAUACUUGUCCAAUGAUUGCUUCUGAUCAAGAUUGUGAGAUUAUCUUAACACCUGACAUUCUGGAAAGUGUAUUAAAUGCAAAAGAUAUGGAAAACAAAAACUUACGUCGACAGCUCCAGAAUGUUGAAUCCAAGCUUAUGAUAUGUACUUAUGAAAAUAAUAUUGGUAGAAACACUCUACAAUUACAACUGGAAGAAAAAUGUAAGAAAGUGCAGCAAUUGGAGGAUAAAUUGACGUGUCUUGAAAAAGAAACAGCAGAAACACGAGAUACACUAACAACAGAGAUAGCUACAUUGGAAAAACAAAAUUAUCAUGCAAGUAUUGGAAAUAUGUUGAAGGACGACUUGAUCAGAGAAAUGCGGAAAGAACUGCAGCAAGCAACUUUAGAGGAUACGCCUUCAAGGAAAGUCUGCAAUGACACAAACAACUGUUUAGAGAAAUAUCCUCUGACAGAUACCUCACAUUCUAGAAAGGAUGAAUUUAUAUUAUUUUUGAAUAGUACAAAAAUACAUGUGCAGAAAGAAUGUGAAAUUUUGACUGAUUUAAAGUGUGAACUGGAAAAAUUCAUGAAAAAAUUGGCUGUCACAAAUAAUGACAUAAAUGAUUGCGCCAUGUCUACCAGUUGCACAAAUAAAAAUAUUUUUUGUGAAACUGGUAUCUCGGACAAGUUGGUUAAUUGUAUUGAAAUUAUUACUCGUAUGUAUUCGGAGAGAGAAAAAGAGAUUAGUCUUUUCGAUUGUAUGAUAAAAAAAGAAGAAAACCAGUGCGAGUGCAAAGAUUCUAAGAACCUUAAAUCUAGUGCACGACAAUUCAAGUUGAUGGAUGAAUUCAGAAUGUGCACUGUGGAAGCCCAAGCAGCAACAGAGGAUAUUCGAGAGGAAAUAAAUACAGUUGUCUCUACAUUUAAUUCACGACACCAAAGCUAUGAAGAACUGAGCAAGAUGGUUACUAAUGUGCAAAAUUAUUUAACAAGAACGCGAGAAGGAUUAAUAGAAACAAUCAACACAGUAGAAUUACAAGAGGAAGAAAGAUUAAAAUAUAGCGAUAAAAUUAUAAAUAGCAAGUUUAAGCUGAAAGAUUUAAAGAAUAAAAUUAAUCAUGCCGAAUCAGAAUUGUCACGUUGCAUUAAAAGUAUGCAGGAAAAUACACAGGAACGCAAUGAAUGUGGAUAUACUGGAGUAUAUGUCAACAAUGACUCAUUAAAUACAAUAAUGGAAGAAGUUGAGCAAAUAGUAACUAAUUUGCAAUUAUUUCACACUCUGGGUGAUUGCAUGACGUCAGAACUAAAGGGAUUAAGAAGUCAGUUAUGUGCUAUAGAUUAUUCUUUAAAGGAUUUACAGAAAAAAGCCAGUGAAGUACUGUUAAACAACGAAAUCGCAAAAACAAUAUUCUGUGAAAGAGAAAGCAAAUUAGCCAAAUUUGAAGAAGAAAUUGACUGUGCACAUACGAAAAUGCAAGAUGUAUUAGAAACUUUUCUUUCUACGAAACAGGACGAUAAGGAGCAGUCUUAUCAUAUCUGUGACAAUCAGAAAGAAAAUGAUAUAAUAAAAACGAAAAAGGAUUUACAUAAAUUACAAAAAGAAUAUGAUGACCUAAAACUCAAUAUGAUGCAGCAAACUUGUCAGAUGAAAUAUGAUGAAAGAUUGAAUAAAUGGAAAAAUCAUGUAACUGAUUUGGAAAAUCAAAUUAAAAAAUUGCAGCAAGAGGAGAAACAGUUGAGUGCUUUUCAAACGGAGAUAGAAAAUAGUGGACGAUUACACAGGAAAGAAUGCAUGGAACUAAAAAAGAAGAUAGUAGAACUGGAAAAUAUUAUUAAGACACAAACAGAGAUAGAGAAUGAGUUAAGAAAAAGUUUACAUAAUGUAGCAAAUAUUAAGAAAUCUACAGAAGUCGCAAAUGCUGUUCGUGCGGACUGUGGCGCAGAAUCAACAUUUUUGUGUUGUGAAUAUCCAUUCAAACAUGAGAACAUAUCUCCUUUAUUCAAAACUGUGGAAGACUCGGUGCAAUCUGCAAAUUUGGCUGUUCAGGAUUUGGGAGACUUGCUUAAGAGACUAAUACAUGAAGAAUUACUUCCUUCCUCCUUUUCUGCAAAGUCUGCUAUGACGUUAAUAGAUUCAUUAAAAAAUUGUAGAAAGCAAUUAGAUAUAUGCUCUCAAGAGUUAAGCAAACUUAAAAAUGCUGUAUAUUCCAAAGAAAAACUUUUAGAAAAUUUGGAAGAAGUUAUACGAAUACAAAGAGACUCUUUAACGAUGAGCCAAGCUGAAGUAAAAGAUUUGCAUGAGAAACUACAAGAUAAGAUUGAAAAGCAAAGUCUCACUAUAGCUCAAUAUGAAAAAGAAAAGAAUGAAUUAUUGAAACAGAAUGAACUUCAAAGUCAAACUAUCGGCCAUUUACAAAAUGCCGUUGUGGAAGCUAAAAGAAGUUUGGAUCAAAUGAGUCAUAAAACGAUGACUGACCUUUGUGAGAAAGAUGAAACUAUUCGCCGACUAGUGAUGUGCAUUGAUGAGAUACAAGAUCAAUAUAAUGAUUGUUUUACAGAGGCAACUAAUCAGGACUUGCUAUUGGAUUUGCAACGAGAUGCUAUUGAUAGUCUACAGAAAAGAAUACGUUGUCUGGAAUACGACAAAUAUUUAAUCGCUACUACAAUGCAUUCAUUAUAUUUCUCAGUUUUAAAAGUAAUACAGGAACAAAUACAUGAUCAUGUAAAAGACUUCCAGGAAUUACAUAUGAAGGUAAAGAACUUCUCUGCAAGCAAAUAUACAAAGUCGUGUGCAAUACAAUGUUACAUAUCAGAAACUGAUAAUCUGAUACAAUUGGAACAUAUUAAGCAAACAGAAACCGAAUACGAAAAACUUUUAUUAAAACUGGAAGACGGAGAGAAAGAAAUCAAAAAUUUAAAUGACAGAAUUAAUAGUAGCGAAAAAAUAAUUCGAGAACAAUCUUAUGAACUUGAAGUACUUCGGAAAAGAUUAUUUACAAUAAACCAACAGACAGAGGAGAAUUUAAGUAUAUCAGAGCAUAAUGUGGCACUAAUUAGUCUGUACGAUCGAAUACAUUCUUUGAAAAUUCUACUGCAAGAAAAAUCAGAUAAUAUGGUUAAAUUAGAAGCCGAUUAUGAGUUACUAAAGAAUGAGAAUUCUAUAUUAAGAAAGCAGAAUGAUAUUAUUGAAGCUCGAGCUAAGGAUGAUAUUUAUCAACUGAAAGCAAAACUCAAACAGACACUUUUUAAAUUAUGUCAGACCGAAGGUGAUUAUCAACGAGUAACUGAUAAUUUUAAUAAAGUUCGGAAACAACUGAUAUCAGCAACAAAACGAGAGGCUGAUUCGCAAGAAUCAUUAAUGAUUAUGGAAAAAGAUCAUUGUUCUAAAAUUGUAUUACUACAAAAUGAAGCGAGUGAUCUUCGUGAUUUAGUAAACAAAUUAAGUAAAGAAUUGAAAGAAACUAAAAGCAACCUCGCAUCAAAAAAUAUUGAACUUUGUCAAGCAGUAGAUAAAUGUAAAUGUUACGCUGAUUAUUUGGAUACUAUACGUCGAGAUCUUGAGAAAGAAAAAGAAGAAUUAAUAAAAGCUGAAAAUGUGAACUGUGAUUUGAUUAAACAACUCCAGGAAUAUAUGAACGACAAUUAUCAUUUGUGCCAACAGAAAACUUUACUUGAACAAAAUAUUUCAACUUAUAUAACUGAGUUACAAGACUCACGCAAGUCCUUACUCGAACUGAAAAAAGAAUGUCAUUUGAAAGAACAAUCUCUAACAUACAUGUCAGCUGAUUUGACAGAAACAGCUGUGAGCAGAUCGGAACUCUGCAAAGAAUCUCAAUGUAUAAUUUCAUGCAUUCGUGAGUGUCUGGAACAACAGAAAAACUAUAGCGAGACAUUAGCGAAAAACCUGGAAAAUAAGCACCAACUGUUAAUGCAGCUCGCAUUCGAGAAAAAAGCUCUAUUAAUUAAAAUCAGGAAGUUGAAACGAAUUAAUCAUUUAUUGACACAGAAACUAAAAAGACCGUAUAGACAAGUAGUUAUUAGAAGUUUUAAGAAUUCGCAUACAAACGGUUAUAUCUCGCCGUCAGUUGUGGUGCGUCAGAAUGCAAACACGGGUCUACUUUCAACUAUAAACUAUACGAAUUUGUGCAAGAAAUGUAAAACUGUUCGACGUACAUCAAAGUGCGGUGACUCUUGCUGGUUUCCCAAGAUGAAAUACUUAACAAAUGAGGUACGAAAGAACAAUCAAUGGUGGAAUGAAACUUUUGACAAUACAAUUGAAUCCGACUCUUCACUGGAAGAAAAUCGGGAUUAUGGUUACCAAUCGUCUUCUACAAUAUCUACAAGCAAAUGAAAGAGAAAACAAAGGAAAUUGAUUGGAAUUGUGAAGAAUGUGAGAAGUUCGACUAACUAUUGGAAAACGUAGAACUUUGUAAUGCGCUUUACGUUAGUUUGUGCUGUAUUAUCUUUUUUUUUUGCGUGAGAUCUACUAUUUUAUAGAUAUAUAUAAGUAUAAGUAUAUAUUUUGCAAAAACUACGUAUUGGUUUUUUUUUAAAUAAAUAUAAAUGUCUCUUGUAACGUGUAUUCAUUAUUAACCGGUCGCUAAACGACACAACAUUAUAAUGAUUUAACAAUAUUUCUUUACUUUCACCUUUGUAUGAUAUAUUUUUUUAUAAUUACAAAAUCUUUUCAUCUAAAAAAAAGGACAGUGCACGUGUUCGUUACAAUAUGAGAGAAAUUUAAUACAAGUGCGGUAAAAGUACAUGUACUUUGUUUUUAUUCGUUACGUAUUAUAUUGAUAAAAGUAGAUGAUUUUACCGAGAAAUAACAUAAUUAAUUUGUCUCAUUGUUUUGUCAUGUAAAUUAUAUCUUCAAACAUUAUCAAGUUUUAAAGAUAAAUAAACGCAUAUUGGCUGCGUAACAAUAAAUUGACAAAUUUCCAAGAUCCGCACAUAUCAUCGUAGCUUAUAUUUUUUUUCCAACUUGGACUCGGAACAUACUUUUAUCGGAAUAAUUUCCUUAUCGUCUGGUAAAGUGCAUUCCGAUAAAAACUUGCAUUUCAUAUCUAUUAUCUCAUUCAUUUUGUCAGACUUGUCAUUGCGUACGUCGGUCAUUUUUUAUGCCGCGUAUAAGUACUCACAUAACAUUUUUGCAAUAUAUGAGUAACCACUUCGCAAGUAAUGUUAGUGACAUAUCUACUGAGUAUAGAAGUAUAUAAUAAAAAAUGUAUUGAAAUAUUAACGUAAAUAUAUCCAACUAAGAAAAAUUUUAUAUGCAAUAUUAAGGAAAAAUAUUUUCAACAAAAUUACUUAUAUUUAAUUAAUGUAAUAAAUUAGACAAUUUAUACACAAUAAAUCUACGCUUCCUGCCCCCUUAUUCUGUAACAAUUUCGAUUCAAAGAUUUAUAACGCAUGCGUAAAAAUUACAAUAGGAAUUCCGGUCGAACGAGAGAGGCAAAUAUAUAACGAGUGGUCGUAAAUAUUCACAUGUUUAUUUUUCUUGCCGUGUAACCAUUUAUAAUUCAUUUAUGAGUUAUCAAUAAAA